AUGGGUCGUGACUUACAAAAUCAUCUACUUUUUGAGGUUGCCACUGAGGUGGCAAAUAGAGUCGGUGGUAUCUACUCCGUUUUAAAAUCAAAAGCACCAAUUACUUCAGCACAAUACAAGGAAAACUAUGCAUUAAUUGGUCCAUUGAACAAGGCAACAUACCAAAGUGAAGUUGAGGAAUUGGAUUGGCAGGAUGAAUCCAUAUUCACAGAUGAAUUAAAGCCUAUUCAUAAGACUUUGAAGAGUAUGAGUGAAAAAGGUUUUUACUUUGUCUACGGUAAAUGGUUAAUUGAUGGAUAUCCAAAAGUUAUUCUUUUCGAUUUAGAUUCCAUGAGACAUAAUUUGAACAAUUGGAAAUCCGAUUUGUGGUCUUUGGUCGGAAUUCCUUCCCCAGAUCAUGAUUCUGAAACAAAUGAUGCCAUUAUGUUGGGUUACACAGUGGCAUGGUUUCUUGGUGAACUUUCAACUUCUGACAGUCAACACGCUAUCGUUGCCCAUUUCCAUGAAUGGCUAGCUGGUGUUGCACUACCUUUAUGUCGUAAAAAGAAAAUUGAUGUGGUCACUAUUUUCACUACACACGCAACUCUAUUAGGUAGAUAUCUUUGUGCGGCUGGUGACGUGGAUUUCUACAAUAAUUUACAACAUUUUGACGUAGAUCAAGAAGCAGGCAAAAGAGGAAUCUAUCAUAGAUAUUGCAUUGAAAGAGCUGCUGCGCAUACAGCCGAUGUUUUCACCACUGUUUCACAAAUUACAGCAUUAGAAGCUGAAUACUUAUUGAAAAGAAAACCAGACGGUAUCUUGCCAAAUGGUCUAAAUGUCGUUAAAUUUCAGGCUGUACAUGAGUUCCAAAAUUUGCAUGCCCUCAAGAAAGAAAAGAUUCAUGACUUCAUUAGAGGCCAUUUCCAUGGUAAUUUUGAUUUUGACUUGAAAAAUACCCUUUAUUUCUUCAUUGCAGGUAGAUAUGAAUAUAAAAAUAAAGGUGCUGAUAUGUUCAUUGAAGCUUUGGCCCGUCUAAACUACAGAUUAAAAAUGUCUGGUUCUAAUAAGACCGUUGUAGCAUUCAUUAUUAUGCCUGCUAAGACAAACUCUUAUACUGUUGAAGCUUUGAAAAACCAAGCUGCUGUCAAAUCUUUAGAAAGCUCCGUUAACGAAGUUACGAAGAAUAUCAGUAAGAGAAUAUUCGACCAUGCAUUAAAAUUCCCUCAUAACGGUAUAACAACGGAAAUUCCAACUGAUCUGACUGAAUUGUUAAGCUCAUCUGAUCAAAUUCUAUUGAAGAGAAGAGUUAUGGCUCUAAGACGAACAGAAAAUCAAUUGCCAGCCGUCGUAACACAUAAUAUGGCAGAUGAUGCUAGCGAUCCAAUUUUGACUCAAAUAAGACACGUCCAAUUAUUUAAUAGCACAAGUGAUAGAGUUAAAGUUAUUUUUCAUCCUGAUUUUUUAAAUGCAAACAAUCCAAUUCUUGGUAUGGACUACGACGAAUUCGUUCGUGGUUGUCAUUUAGGUGUAUUCCCAUCAUACUAUGAGCCAUGGGGUUAUACUCCAGCAGAAUGUACUGUCAUGGGUGUUCCAUCGAUAACUACAAACCUUUCCGGUUUUGGUGCUUAUAUGGAAGACUUGAUAGAAGCCAACCAAGCUCAGGAUUAUGGUAUCUAUAUUGUUGAUAGAAGAUUUAAGAGUCCUGAUGAAUCUGUUGAACAGUUAGUUGAUUAUAUGGAAGAGUUUGUCAAGAAAAAUAUAAGACAAAGAAUUAAUCAAAGAAAUAGAACAGAAAGACUAUCUGAUCUUUUGGAUUGGAGAAGAAUGGGUCUAGAAUAUGUUAAAGCUAGGCAGUUGGCCCUAAGAAGAGCAUACCCGGAACAAUUCAAGCAAAUGGUAGGCGAAGAAUUGAAUGCUACUGAUAUGAACUCCAUGGUUGGUGGUAAGAAAUUAAAGAUUUCUAGACCUUUGAGUGUUCCAGGAUCGCCAAAAGACAGGGCUAGCAGCACUACUGUUUUUAUGACGCCAGGUGAUUUAGGUACCUUACAAGAUGCUAACAACGCUGAUGAUUACUUUAAUUUGAGUAUGAAUCCAGAAGAUGCUCAGGAUGAUGAAGCCGAUGAGGAAUAUUGA